AUGUCCGAAUCAGGUCCACCAUAUCCGAAACGCCAGAGAAUUUCACAGGCCUGUAAAGAAUGUCGAAAGCGCAAAUCCAAAUGCGGUGGUGAAUAUCCCUCCUGCCUGGUCUGCGUCUCAACGAAACGCGCGUGUUCCUACGACCAGAGCUUCCGAAAGCGUGGGUUGCAGUCGGGCUAUGUGCGAGCUUUAGAAGCACUGCUAGGCACAUUCACCCGCAACUCUCCCGAGGCUGAACGGAAAAUCCGAGCAUCCCUUCGUUCUCCCGACUUGCAAGGUGAACUGAAUGAGAACCGGUUCACGGAUGUCGCUGUCGAAGCUUGGCGAACUUCUGGUCUCUCAAAAGACAUUGAACAACUUUUGGCAGCCUCAGAGGAUGUUUUCAGCACCUCCAGAGUAGCUCUUUCACCCAUCGCCCACACAGACGCCGAGGACGAGCGGGCGAAUGAGGCUACACGCCGGGAAGAGUCUGCCAGGCAGCCAUUACUAGUCCCAAAUGCUCUUCCUGUUUGGCAUGGUCCGACACAAAACCUUCCUGAUAGCCCCUUGCCAGUCAACACAUCGGACAUGGUGGAAUUCUAUUUCGCACAGAUUCAGUGUUGGUUCCCGGUCUUGGAGCGCCGGGAUAUCCUGCGCAUUCUACACUCCGAGACUCCUCCUUCGGCUCUUACAAAAAGCGACAAGGCCCUGAGAUCGUGUCUCUGGGCUAUAUCUGCCUUGGUGACCGCUCAAAGACGCUUUUCUGCCCAGGUACGUCUCAAUUAUGAGAAGAUCUUGGUCGGUCUCUGUCUGCAAAUAAAAGAACACGAACAGCAACCAGAACUGGGGCAUAUCCAGUCCAUAUUAAUCAUUGCACUCCUAAAAAUCGGAUUGGGUCAGCUUAAUGCUGCGUGGACGUCGAUCGGUGCGGCCAUCAGAAUGCUUCUUGUGGCCCAAGAGCGUCCUCCGCGCUACUUGCACACUUUGUUUGGGUGCAUAAUGCUUGACAACUAUCUCUCUUCCCUUUUACGACAAGGCUCCUACUUUUCACCGAGCGACCAAAUCUAUCUUGCCAAAGUGGACGAAAAUUCCGUGGAAGAAUGGGAAUACUGGAACCCGCCCUCAGAGUGUACAACCGUUGCCACCGAAAGGAAGAAAGCCCCGAUGCGAUCGCUCAGUAUCCUGAAUCUGAUGACGCAGCUUAUGUAUCAUCUAACAAAGACCAACGAACAAAAUGUGGACGACGCAAGGCUUGUCGAAGAUAUAGCUGCUCUGCAGACCUGGAAGGCAGAUCUGCCCGGACAUCACCGGAUCUCAAGCUCUAAUUCUUCAAAUCCCUCUCUUUUGAAUCUACACCUAAUGUGGAAUUUCGUCAUGUGCUCUUUGCUGAUGAAGAUCACUACCCUCCAAGACACUUUCGUUGAAUUGGCAGAACAAAGCGCAACCUCUACCAUGGAGCUGCUCAAUAUCAUUUCAAGAGACAUGGGCAUGCAGUUCCCGCUGUUGCUGGGCUACACCUCCCAAGCUUGGACUUCCUUGCACGUUCUGGUUCGCCCGGAGGUAGACAGCAGUGCAGGCUCGACCAAGGCGCGGCUUCUCGAGUUGAAGGAAAGCUUUCAUCAAUAUUGGCAAACCGGGAACUAUGGCCCAGCAAACCAGCCGCACGAGGCUACUGAAACCGGACAAUUCCAUCUAGAAGCUCUAGAGCGGACGCCCUUGAUGUUUCCUGGAACAUCCUCCUCAAAUAUGCAUGCAGAACAUCCGACUCCCAGUGAAUCGGUUGCGGACGCUGAGCGCCAUCCGACAUGUCUGCAUCAAUCUUUCCCGGAGGUGCAAACUCCCGCCACCCAAAUUGAGGGGCUCGCCACGAAUCAGGCUUUGCCAGCAGAACUGGAACCUAGUAGCGAUCUGGAGAACCUUGAUGUGCCCAGCACAGACCAAUUCAGUGAUGUGAAUGAUUUUGAUGCUAUUUUCAACCAAGGGCCGUGGAUAGCGCCGAUGAGGAGGUAA